UACAGUCCCACGGCAAUUGUCAAGCCAUUCUACUUACAGUCUCAUACAUGAAGCAGAUACAUGAAGAAACGCAGUAGAACGCUAAAGGUGAAAUCUUUGAUAAUGGGGGAGAGGGAAAGUGGCGAGAGUGGGUGGGUGACCUUUGGAUUUGGACAGAAAGACUGAAGAGGAAAUCAAUAACGUGCUUGCCGGCCAUUAAAAAUCCUCUUUUUCUCGCUACGUCGCCCCCUUACUCUGUUUCACGUUUCUUCUGUUUUAGGUUUAUUAUUCAACCUUUUUUAGGCUUUGUAUUUCUUAUUGACACGUUGGAGACAAUUGUGGAGGGAGAUUAGAAGAAAACGCAGAAAGAAGAAAGUUGGAUUAAAAAAAAAAAGGUGGGAUUUUUAUCUCGCGCCUCCUGUAAAAUGUGGGAAGUUAACUUUUUUCAGAAUCUAUUGGAAGAGUUGAAGCAAAUUUUUAUUUCAGAAAAAAGUGCUCUCUAGGGUUUUGAUGGCUUUGCUUACCAUUUUUGUGAUCGAUAGAUGUGGGUCGAGGGUGAGAUGUAGCUUUUAAUGGCUUUUUGUUAUUUAGUUUAGUCAAUAGAGGAAGCUAAACUGGAGCUAGUAAUCCAAGCAAUGAAUUCUGAUUGAAUCUGUAACCAUUUUCGCUUUUUCGCUUAUCGAUUCGAGCGGCAAAUGUCAUCUAGGGUUUGAAUUGGUUUGGAUUAUCUUCUGUGUUGACUGGGCUUGCUGAUUGUGAUGCUAUUUUCAUGGAUGCUUGAGGCUUUUGGAACCACUCAGGUUUGUUCAUGGAGUAUUUGCUAGCAAUAACUGUGGAGAUUAAAUCUCCUAAUGGUUCUAAACCACCUCUUGGUGACUGAAAUUGACUUUAUAACAUCAAAUCCCAUCAAUAAUCAGAUAUAAAGACUUGAAUAUGUUGAAAUCUGAUAGAGUUCUUCCUCCUUCCUCCUUUGAAGCUACAGUGCUACUGGUUCUUCUGUUCAUUCAUGGAUCCCAAGGGAUUAACAUGGAAGGCCAUUACCUCUUGGACAUUAAGAGUAAACUCAAGGGUGGUCCGAGGCACCUCUCCAAUUGGAAUUCUGGCGAUGUAACACCGUGCGGCUGGGCCGGAGUGAAUUGCUCGAGCGAUUAUGAUCCGGUUGUCGUUUCCCUCGAUCUCAACUCCUUAAAUUUGUCUGGUGUUCUAUCUCCGAGCAUCGGCGGUUUAACGCACUUAUCUUAUCUUGACCUAUCCUUCAAUAGCUUCUCAGGAAUCAUCCCUGCAGAGAUCGGAAUGUGCUCAAAUCUUGAAGUUAUGUACAUGAACAACAAUAACUUCGAAGGCCAAAUCCCGCCGGAAUUCAACAACCUGACCUCCUUAAUCAAGUGCAAUAUCUGUAACAAUAGACUCACCGGACCUCUUCCCGAUGAGAUUGGAAACCUCUCAUCUCUGGUAGAGUUAGUAGCAUACACCAACAAUCUUACAGGUCCGCUGCCUCCAUCCAUCGGCCGACUUAAGAACUUGGAGACCUUUCGCGCCGGGCAGAACAUGAUUUCUGGUAGCAUUCCUGUAGAGAUAAGUGAAUGUGAGAGAAUAGAAUUCCUGGGCCUCGCACAGAACCAGCUUGAAGGUGAGAUUCCAAAAGAGAUUGGGAAGCUGAAGUUCCUUAGAGAACUGAUUCUUUGGGGCAAUGAUUUGUCUGGAUCAGUCCCCAAAGAAUUAGGAAAUUGCACAAGCUUAGUUACUCUUGCACUUUACCAGAACAAUUUUGUUGGUGGAAUCCCUGUAGAGCUGGGGAACUUGAAGAAUAUAGAGAGGCUCUAUCUUUACAGGAAUGGACUGAAUGGAACUAUACCAAAGGAGAUUGGUAAUCUUACACGGGCGACGGAAAUUGAUUUCUCAGAAAAUUUUUUGGUGGGAAAAAUUCCUGCAGAAUUGAGGAACUCAAAAAAUUUACGGCUUUUAUAUCUCUUCCAAAACCAGCUAUCUGGUUUCAUACCACCUGAGCUCUGUGAGCUGAGUAAUCUGACAAAUCUUGAUCUGUCAAUUAAUAACCUCACUGGAUCUAUCCCAAUUGGGUUGCAGUACUUGCCUCGGUUGCUUCAAUUUCAACUCUUUGAUAACAAUCUUUCGGGCGAUAUUCCUCAUGGACUUGGUGUUUAUAGUCCUCUUUGGGUGGCAGAUUUUUCAAACAAUAACCUCACUGGACAAUUGCCUGUUCAUCUGUGCAAAAAUUCCAAUCUUAUUAUGCUAAAUUUGUGGUCCAACAAGAUUACGGGCAAUAUACCCAGCGGAAUCAUAAACUGUAAAUCAUUGAUGCAGCUUCGGUUGGGUGAUAAUAGUUUGACAGGCAGUUUCCCUGCUGAUUUAUGCAAGCUUGUUAGGUUGAGAACCAUUGAGUUGGAUCAGAACAGGUUCAGUGGACCUAUUCCUACUGAGAUAAGGAACUGCAAAGCUCUGCAGAGGCUCUCUCUCCCAAUCAAUUUCUUUUCGUCCGAGCUUCCUCGAGAGAUUGGUGAUUUAUCAGAGUUGGUUUUCUUCAACAUCUCUUCCAAUAGAAUUGGAGGAAGAAUUCCUCCAGAAAUUGUUAGUUGCAGGGAACUUCAAAGGCUUGAUUUCAGCCAGAAUAGGCUUACUGGAGCGCUACCAAAUGAUAUUGGAACACUCCUACAGCUGGAACUGCUGAUUCUUUCUGAUAACAAGCUUUCAGGAACAAUUCCUUCCAUUCUGGGCAACCUUUCUCAUUUAACAGAAUUGCAGCUUGGUGGGAAUAUGUUUUCUGGCAGCAUUCCGAAGGAGCUUGGUCAACUUUCGAGCUUACAGAUAGCCAUGAAUCUCAGCUAUAACAAUCUCUCUGGUCACAUUCCACCUGAGCUUGGGAACUUAGCUUUACUAGAAUAUCUUUUACUCAACAACAAUGGCUUGGAUGGUGAAAUCCCUUCUACUUUCGUGAAUCUCUCCAGCUUGCUUGGUCUCAAUGUCUCAUACAAUAAUCUCAGCGGACCUAUCCCGUCGCUACCGCUCAUUCAAAACAUGGCUUCGAGUAGUUUCGUAGGAAACAAGGGUCUUUGUGGUGAACCUCUUAGCAGUUGCAAUGGACCUUCAACUCCUUUACCAGUUCCAGAAUCAGCUAGGAAUCCAGCUGGUAAGAUAGUUGCUGUAACUGCAGCUUCUGUUGGAGGAAUCGCUCUUAUUCUUAUAGCAGUUAUCAUAUACUACAUGAAAAGACCGUUGGAGACUGUCACUCCUUUCCAAGACAAACAAACUUCAUCUUCAACCUCUGACUUGUAUAUAUGUCCCAAAAAAGGAUUUACAUUCCAGGACCUAAUUGCAGCCACAAACAAUUUUGAUGAAGCUUUCGCCAUUGGAAGGGGUGCGUGCGGAACUGUUUAUAAAGCUGUUAUUAGUGAUGGUUUGGUGAUCGCUGUUAAGAAACUUUCGUCUAACAGAGAGGGUAAUCAUACUGACAAUAGCUUCCGUGCCGAAAUAUCGACUCUCGGUAACAUACGACAUAGGAACAUUGUUAAAUUGUAUGGCUACUGCUAUCAUCAAGGUUCAAAUCUUCUUCUUUAUGAAUAUUUGUCAAGGGGUAGUCUCGGCGAGAUGCUUCAUCGGCAAUCUUCGAACCUGGAUUGGGAUACGAGGUUCAUGAUCGCUGUUGGAGCUGCUCACGGUCUCUCUUAUCUGCACCAUGAUUGUAAGCCUCAGAUUAUUCACCGAGAUAUCAAAUCGAAUAACAUACUAAUUGAUGAGAAUUUUGAGGCGCAUGUUGGUGAUUUUGGAUUAGCCAGGUUGAUUGAUUUACCACAGUCGAAAUCCAUGUCUGCUGUUGCUGGAUCCUAUGGAUAUAUCGCGCCUGAAUAUGCAUACACAAUGAAGGUCACAGAAAAAUGCGAUAUUUACAGCUACGGUGUAGUCCUGCUGGAACUCCUGACUGGGAGAGGUCCCGUGCAGCCAUUAGAGCAAGGAGGAGACCUCGUCACUGUGGUGAGAAAUUACAUUAGGGACCAUUCCUUGGAUUCUGGAAUUCUGGAUCGUCAGCUGAAUCUUGAAGACAGUAAUGUUGCAGAUCAUAUGAUUAUUGUUUUAAAAAUUGCUCUUUUAUGUACGAAUAUGUCGCCAUUUGAUAGGCCGCCUAUGAGGCAAGUUGUGCUGAUGUUAAUGGAGUCUAGAGAAAGGUUUGGCAGCUCUUCUUCCUCGCCACUUUCUGAUCUCAUUUCUAGGGAGGAUGAUAUUUUAUGAUGUGAUUAGUGUUUUUAAUCAUAGUAAAUGUUUAUAUUCUUUUUUUUUUUAG